AUGGAGGACCAGGUAGAUGGAAUGGCUGUUUGCGAGCCUCCUAUUACGAACGAGAGCACGGUUUCAAACAAUUCAAUCCAGUCCACUGACAAUACACAACCAGCUUACCCUCGGUUUAUGACACCCAUCAGUCCGAGUCACCAGCUAUUCCCCCCAAACUCAGGCCUUUCUCGAAGACCCUCGGUUGAUAGGCCUAAACAACCACGCCCGGAGACACCUACGAGGUCCCUGCCUGUUAGCUCUAACAGACCACGUCAGAAGACUUGGGCAUCAGUCGCGUCAAAGGGAGUGGAUGCCUUUCGUUCCACAUCAGCAAAGUCAACGAACUAUAGCAAAAGGACUCCUUACAAAAACGGUCAAUCCCCAGGUGUUUCUACCCCAUGUCCAGAUAGGAACUCCAAGGAGUGCAAUUAUAAUGCUUGCAUUCAAACUGUUGCUGAUAAGAAGCUUGCUUCCGAAAAGCCAUUGCCCUACCCACCCGGGCCUAUUUCAGGGGUUGAUUCAACAUGUAAUUUGGAUAUUCAUACCUCUGUCGAAACAAGCAAAGACCAAUCGCAACACCCGCCUUCUUGUUCUCCUUCUGACAAGGAAUGGGCGACAACUGCCUCAGAACAAGCUGAAGACAGCAAGGAAGAUACCACGAGCGAUGCCCAGCCGAAUGGCAAUGAUGAGAUUAAGUUGACACGGAUUGAAGAAGAAAACGCACACACUCCAAUCCCUGAUGGGGUUCGUAUGUUUGCGGAUGCUUUAUCCAAACUUACAAAGGCCACAGCUUGCAUGGAGGUUGGAAAAGAAGGUGAAGGACAGAAAAGCGAGGUGCAAGAAGAUUACCCGUCUGAGAGUAGUGCGGCAGAGGCUGCUAGUCCUGGCUCUACGAAAUGGUGCACAUCUGCUCUCAGUCAAUCUUCAACAGAGAGUCCGUUUUCUCCACCUAGAAAGCCUCAAAACUUGAAGAUUGUUACCGAUUUCUACCGAAAUCCAGUACAGACGGAACGAUCCUUUGCUUACCAUGGCACAGGGGUAUCUCCUGGCUAUUAUUCUCGGGUUCCUAAGUCUAACCCAUUUAGAGACCGUCCUAGGGUUGCAUCUUCACCUGGCAGUAUGAAUCAUUUACUGACGAGAGAUAAUAGGGCGUCCUCUUGCUCAUUUAAACAUUCUCCUUCGCCUAUUAGGACACCUGGUGCCAUGACUCCCAAACAAAAGCCAAUGGGGACGCCUACUCCAUCAAACCCCUAUUAUCCAGCCUCACUAACUACUACGCCUCGAACGGAUAAAAGCGGUUCUAAAAUUCCUCGAAUGUCGCCGCGGAAUUUAUUCCCUGAGAGUGAUUCGGGGGCUGGUCAUAGCUCGAAAACAACUGUCUUCUCUCCUUCAAAGAGAAGCUCAAUCCCACUCCCUACUCGUAUGCUCCAGCAGAAUAGGGAGGAUAACGGCCCUGAAAACGUACCUGAAGGUACCACCCCAUCUGCUAUUUUUGAUAGAGUAGAGAAAAUCACCACCAAUGGGGCUGUAGCACAGGAAAAUCCUUCUGGAAUGGACAAGGGCAAUAUCCAUUCUAGCAUGAAUCUGCGACACGAAUCCCAGGGUGAAAUGAACAGUAAAACCGAGGGAAUGGAGGAAAAUGCCGACCCAUUCUCGGAUGAUAUCACUGUGAAGCAGCUUUCGAAGUCUGCCCCAUGCCAUGGCCCGCAACUUCGUAUUUCAUCAGAGGCUGAGCGUCUCAUAAUGGGUGAAGAUGAUAUCAAGGUGUUGGAGAAGAAUAUGAAAGAGAGUCGUGGUCCUAGUCGUGGACCUAGUCGUCAAUCCGGACACAAGAGGGAAUUUAGACUCUCCACUGAUAGCCUCUUUGCGACCUUUUCCUCAAAGCGUUCCAAGAGCUCAUCUUAUAGGCUGUCCUUCAGUGGUAAACCUCCAGCGGAGGAAGGCAGUCCUACACCUGCUGGAGGACCAGCCGGAAAAUCAAUCUCAAAAGCAAAGAGCGCUGAAUUUGGAAUUCGCCGAGCAUCCUCUGGCCAUCGCUCGAUGAGACGAAAAUCUUCCCCUGAAAAGGAGCUACCUCACCCAGCUUCGGGAAAGCUUGAUGCUGACCCGUUCCUAGACACAGAAGGUAAAGACUUGAAUUCCAAGCAAUCUGCAUCGAUAGAUAGGGAACCAGUUGCAGAGCUUGGAAAACCUAACGAAGCGCCUUGCAGCUCCCCAGUUAUUGAAUCUGCCAAAAAGAGCUCUAUUCCCGUGGCUGUGACAGACAAUUCCCCAUCUCCAUCCAAGUCCGCUGGCCCAGUAGAGCGCACUAGGAAGUCCCAGAAUGAAGCAUCUAAGGUGAAUUCUCCUAGAAGCCCUCGGCAUAAUAGCAAAGUUGGUGUUACGUAUGGCUCCCCUAGAAGAUACCCACACCGACCGUCUACCGAUAGAGCCCACUAUAGGCCUAGACCAAACAAUGAUAUCCACAUCGGACCAGAUCAGCCUUCGUCACACAAUGCAGAUAGCCAGGGACAGAAAGAUAAGCGUCAUAAGAAGCGUCAUCACCGCUCUGCUGAUCCUAUCACCACCGCUCCGGAACCAAUCAAAGGCAAAGGAUCAUCUUCCAAAGGAGUAUUCUCCAAUUUCCGUGGAUUGUUUUCAAAGAAUAAAUCUGAGGCACCAAAAGAAAUCAUGCGCCCUUUGAUUUCUUAUGCGAAGCCAACAGUUACGAGUAACUUCAAACUAUCUGUGCCAGCGUCUCAAUCUGUUCCUCAUCUUGGUGCUAGUGGAAGCGGAAUUCCAAGUGGCAUGUCAAAUGGAGACAUCAGUUACCGCCACCUUGAACCUCCACGCUCCCCUGCACUGAGAGACACUGGAAGGAUUAGCACUAUCACGAUGGAGAUUCUUGAUUCAGCGCGGAAUGAAGUCGAUACAUCACGCAAAGAGAAGCUCAUUAGACUUGGCAAGAUUCUUAUUGAAGCCGUGAAUAAUUCGCAUGAUGCUGAGAAGGCAAUGUUGACUGCCAUCCAGGCGGCAAAAGAGGCCGAAGUUGCAUGCGCAAUGGCAAAGGAAAAUGCCAUGAAAAUGAGUCAGGUUGCAUGCGAUUGGGCCCGUCCUUUGGCUUCUGCUAAGGGCUCUAGUGCCUAA